UACUUGCGCAUGUGUUUCGACCCAAUAUGCGCGCUGCGACCGCCCUCAGCACGUGGCGAAGCUUCACAAACACCAAAUCAGCAGCAGUGCGAGCACCCACGGCAGACAUCAUGACAUGUGCACGACAGCUCCUAAGCCUCAUCAUCGAUGCCGCCCAUUAUUCUUCGAUGUGGCGGUGCGAGAAUGGAGAUGGAGCUUCCGUCACACGCGCAGAGUCAUGAUGCGCUGGCCCGCUCUGGCACGAUUGGAGGCGAUGCGCUGGCACAUGCACGGCACGACCAACAGCUUCCCGGACCAGCAUGCUAGCCCACCUUACCGCCCAAUUGUUGUCGCGCAUUUGCCAUGUACCCUUCGUGUAUUAGAAGUGCUCGACGGUCGCUAAUGUCUGACCCAGUGGAGCAAGAUUCCGCCAUCGCACAGCAGCCGUCGACUAAGCUUUCCGACUGGGUAAGCCUCACCUUCCCGCAAUCACUCGCGCAAGACAGUUCGGCUGUUGUACUUGCCUACUAUAGGCCGCAUGCUCGCCGCCGCGUUCCCGCACCGCCUCACGGUGAUAGCUAGCAGCGGAGGGUCAUCCCUGCUGCAACAGCUGGUCGUGGCCGGAAGGCGUUGCGCCGACCGC